GUGCAAAAGAAAUCCUUAUACUAUUGAACUAGAAAGAGGGCAAUGAGCCUCUCUCUCCUUCAAGGCUAUUCUUCAGCCGAAGAUGAAGAAACGGCUGAGCCCGACCAUAUUCAUUAUGACGACUCUUCCGACGACGACGACUACGGCGGCGGCGGUGGUAUUAAAAACCAUUCCGCCGCUCCCAAGCGAUAUGACUCCUCCGUCUUUGAUUUCCCCGAUUCCUCCCGUAAAUCCGAUCUUCCUUCUGCAUUCGACGCUUUUUCGCAGGUUUCAGGGCCACCAGAGUUUUUAAACCAUGCGGUUGAGGAACCGAUUUCAGCAGGUGAUGCUGCCCAACAGCAAGGAAGGCGCAGUGACCGGAAGGAUUUCAAAGAUAAGAAGGAUAGGCCUUCUGGUGCUGUGGUAGAAGCAAAAGCUCAGCUUGUUGGAAUCCAUGAGCGAGUAAGAAGUGAUAUCGAGGGUAGCAAGCCUCCUGCUUCAGGAGUUCCAAGCACCAAACAGGAUGGAGCAAAGAGGGUCACAUCUGCAACAAAUCCAAAUGCAGAAGAUGCUGCAGAGCUCUUGAGGAUGUGCCUACAAUGCGGAAUACCAAAGACGUACUCCAGUGCUAGAGGAAUGGUCUGUCCGGUGUGUGGAGAUCGUCCUCUUGCAGAUGCCGAUAAAGACUCCAAGAAGAAGGGGUCAACUAUCAAAGACAAAGAGAAAAGUAAGAGAAUGAAGGGUCAGUCAUCUCAUGCAACCUGGAAGAGUGAAACAGAGAUGCAGCUCAGGCAACAAUUUGACUAGUUGGAUUUUCCGGAAAAUGUUGGUGUUUUAGAGUUUACUGGAUUAUGCAACCGAUAUAGUUCAUGAACACCAUCAGUUGUUUGGGAACAUUGAAUUCGUUGAUGAAUUGUGUUGUAGGUAUAUUGAGCUUUGUACCGAAAUGUGAUGUACCAUAGCUAACUUGUUUUUGUUUAAAUUAUGUACUGUGUUUUACUUGUUUUUCGCAGUUGAGCUGAGAUCUAACAAUGUUUCGACCAGGGCUUUGGUUCUUUCUAUAGUGGUUUUGGUCGGGUUGUUGCUUAA